AGAGACCUUGUGCUGAUGCUCGUCCCAGGCAUUUUCAUCGCAUCUUGUCGCAGGUAUUCUCGUCCCGAUACCAUGCUCAUCGAAGACUAGCCUGGGAGAGCCUCAGCGACGCCGUGACGAUGCUGUUGGCUCUUUGCGGCGCCGGGCUCUAGUGGUCGGACGUAGUCUCUAGCUAGGCAAAGAUACCUCGCAACGGAUUUCCCAGGUGUGACCCAAGUCCAACUUCAACUGUGACGCCCAUCGGAACGCAGCAUUCCAAAUUCCGACAUGCGUCGUGAAGGCGCUCGCUGGAUGUUGAUGAACCCAGACGUCGGCAUCGGACGUUCGCUCGUGCAGGAUCGAUCAGACGCCCGCCACCAUCGCGACAAGAUGUUCUGCGUCUUUCUAAUUUUCUCGACCAUAAUCGUCGACCUCGCAUGGCCACAAAGCAUCGUCCCGACGGUUGGAUUUUCGCUUCCGACUGCCAUGGGAGACUUAGCUUGCGCAGCCAAGGGCGAGUGAAUGACUUCCAUAGCCCCGAGCGCCGUAUGUCCGUCGCAUGCGGGGUAACAAGGGUCGAGGUGAGUUUGCCACGCCUUGUUGAACGUUCUUUUACAAAAAUACCGUGUUGCCGUCGUACCCUCCAGAGUUGAGCAGGUCUAUUUGUUGUCCUUCAGAUUAACUUCGGGCGAGAGAUGGGUGCCAAGGCCC